GUGGCAGUUGCUUUGAAGUAGCGAGCGGUUUCACGCCCCAUCUUCUCUGUGUGGUUGAGGUUUCUAGGUGGUUUUCUCUGUAGAUUCGUGGGUUUGGUUUUCUCUCUUCUGAUCUCUUCUUCAACUGAGUUUGGAUUCAAGAUUCAGCUUCCCUAUAUAGAAAUUCAUUAAUUCAACACAAGAUUUAUUCCCGGCGCUUCCCUCCCCCUUGUAUAAGAUUUUCAAAUAAAAUAAAAAAUGGAGAGAUUUGGGAUUUCUCUAGUUUUAUUAUCAAUAUUUCUGUUUGCUGGCGGUGGCGUUGAGGGCUUGGGUGUGAACUGGGGAACUAUGGCCACCCACAAGCUGCCGCCGAAGACGGUGGUGCAGAUGCUGAUAGACAAUGGGAUUAAGAAGGUUAAACUGUUCGACGCCGAUGAAUCGACGAUGAGUGCUCUUGCAGGGAAGGACAUUGAAGUCAUGGUCGCCAUACCUAAUGACCAGCUCCUUUCUAUGAAUGAUUAUGAUAGGGCCAAGAAAUGGGUGAGGCGCAACGUCACCCGUUACUCCUUCAAAGGAGGCGUCGCCAUCAAAUAUGUUGCAGUUGGUAACGAGCCUUUCCUCACGUCCUACAACAACUCCUUCAUCAACACAACCUUUCCAGCACUUCAGAACAUUCAGAAUGCUCUGAAUGAGGCCGGACACGGGGACACCAUUAAGGCGACCGUACCCUUAAAUGCUGAUGUCUACAACUCUCCUAGCGAAAACCCUGUACCUUCUGCUGGCAGGUUCCGGAAAGAUAUCAAUCAACAGAUGACCCAAAUUGUUCAAUUCCUUAACCAGAACAACGCGCCCUUCACAGUGAACAUAUACCCCUUCUUGAGUCUCUAUGGAAAUCCCGACUUCCCAUUUGACUUUGCUUUCUUCGAUGGGCUAGCCACUCCUGUUCUUGAUAACGGGAUCCAAUACACCAAUGUGUUUGAUGCCAACUUUGACACCCUGGUUUCAGCCCUACACGCUGCUGGGUAUGGUAACAUGCCCAUUUUGGUAGGGGAAGUUGGAUGGCCAACUGAAGGUGACAUCAAUGCUAAUGUGAACUUAGCCUACCGAUUCUACAAUGGACUUUUACAAAGACUGGAACCUAAUGCACCCAACAAAGGGACACCCCUUCGGCCUGGAGACAUGGAGGUAUACCUGUUUGGACUUAUUGAUGAGGACGCCAAGAGUAUAGCUCCGGGUAACUUUGAGAGACACUGGGGGAUCUUCCGGUAUGAUGGCCAGCCCAAGUUUGGGAUGGGGUUUUUAGGCAAGGGGCAAGACAAACUUCUCAUUGGUGCAAAAGAUGUGAAAUACCUUGAUACGAAGUGGUGCAGGUUGAAGUCAGAUGCCGAUGUUUCGAGCAACCUAACUGCUGAGAAUGUCAAUUAUGCUUGCACAUUUUCAGACUGCACGGCACUUGGUUACGGCUCUUCUUGCAAUGGUUUGGAUACGAGAGGUAAUGCGUCGUAUGCGUUUAACAUGUACUUCCAGGCACAGAACCAAGAUGAGUUUAGCUGCAACUUUCAAGGUCUGGCUGAGGUGACUGACCAGAACAUAUCUCAAGCAAACUGUAACUUUACCAUACAGAUACAAAACUCCUCCUCGCCCGAGUUGUUGCCGGAGAUUUCGGUACUUAUACACGGCGUUGCAUCGUUGUUCUUGUUGCUAUUGUUGUUCUGAUCUUCUCUGUAGUCUGUAGAUAUUUGUGUUGCAGUUACUAUUCUUUGUGGCCAUUGUAUUUGUUAGUGCUGGGGACAUUAGCAUAAAAAUAUUACUCCCUCCGUCCCCCUGCAUUUGUUCACAUUUGACUUUUGGAACUGUUCAUCUAAGCACUUUGACUCAUCAAAUUCUCUCAAUGUGUAAGCCUAAAUAUAGUCAUGUGUGAUCUUGUUUGAUUUGUCUUAACAUAUAGAUUAUUAAUAUAUAAUUUUUAUAAUUUUUUAAUAUACAAAUUAUAGGAUAAAAUGGAUUAAAGAAAUGCAUUGGAUGGUG